UUGAAUUAGUUGAUUCGUUUUAAAUCAAAAGGCUAACGUCCUUCUUUUCUUCUAUCAAGGAUUUACAACAUUUAAUCAAGUAAACUUAUUCAAUAAAAUAAUAAAUCGGGACGUUAAGUAGUAUCAAGUUCUCAAAGAAAUUCUAAGUAAAUUUAUUCUCGUGAUGAACAAAAUUUCUAACACAGAAAAAUAUCGGCAGAAAAUGGCUGAAAAACCCAAAAUAACGACACUUCCUGUAGAUAAAAUUACUCCUGCACCUGAAUUAGCCGAAGAAAUUGUUAACCCUGAUACUGGUGUAGUGUAUAUACGUGGGAAAUUUCUUGGGAAAGGUGGUUUUGCAAAGUGUUAUGAAAUGACUGACAAAGUAACCAAUUCUGUUUUUGCUGGAAAAAUAGUACCCAAAUCUCUUUUAACAAAAAGUCAUCAAAGAGACAAGAUGGCACAAGAAAUUCAGAUCCAUCGUGAACUUUCUUAUAAGCAUAUUGUUGGUUUUCAUAGUUAUUUUGAAGAUGCACAUUAUGUUUAUAUUAUACUGGAACUAUGUAAUAAACGUUCUAUGAUGGAAUUGUAUAAGCGGCGAAAAGCUGUGACUGAACCUGAAGUUCGAUUUUAUAUGAAACAGAUUGUUGAUGCUGUUUGCUUUCUUCAUAGUAAACAUAUAAUUCAUAGAGAUUUAAAACUUGGAAAUCUAUUUUUAAAUGAUGACUUUCAAGUCAAAAUUGGUGAUUUUGGUCUAGCUACUAGAGUAGAGUUUGAUGGAGAAAGAAAAAAAACAUUAUGUGGCACACCAAAUUACAUUGCUCCUGAAGUUCUUUGUAAAAAAGGUCAUAGUUAUGAAGUUGAUGUGUGGUCUGUUGGCUGCAUUUUAUAUACUUUACUUGUUGGUAAGCCUCCAUUUGAAACUAUGUCUUUAAAGGAAACAUAUCAUCGAAUUAAAAAAAAUGAAUAUUAUAUCCCUGCUAAAGUUCCUCAUUCUGCUCAAAUGUUAAUCAUUAAGAUGCUUCGUCCAGAGCCAGAGACACGACCUACAAUGAAAGAGUGUCAGGAAGAUCGCUUUUUCACAGAUGGCUUCACACCAAUUAGCUUACCAAAUAGUUCUCUUACUAUGGCUCCUCGUUUUGCUUCCGCCCAAUAUUACUCUGAUCGAAGACCGUUAAGUGAUGCUAAUCGUGAUUUAGGAAAAGCUGUAUUAUCAAAUAUUCCAGAGAGUAGUACUACUGUUGAUAAAAAUAAUGUUAGCCGAGCUGUAUUUGUAAAAGAUGGGUUAGGCCACGAAAUAGAUGAAGAUCCUGCUGAAGAAACUGAUGGAGAGCCAGAUGAUCAUUACUUAGGACAUCUUCAAAAACUUUUGGACAGAGUUUUAGAGUCAAGACCUGCUGAUCGAGAUAGCAUUAAUAUGGACGAAGCUGAAGACCCUGCAUUAACACCAGUAUCAUGGGUCAGCAAAUGGGUUGAUUAUUCAGAUAAAUAUGGUUUAGGAUAUCAGUUAUCUGAUGGCAGUGUUGGAGUUUUGUUUAACGAUGCAACAAGGCUUUUGAUGCAUGAGGAUGAAAAGAGUUUGCAAUAUAUUGAUAAAUUAAAUAAGGAAACAUUUUUCACUAUUGAUAAUGCUCCUCCCAAUAUGCAAAAGAAAAAAACACUUUUGGAAUAUUUCCAUGAUUAUAUGAAUGAACAUCUUUUAAAGACAGGUUCAGGGGUAGCUACUAAAGGCAUGGAAUCAGCACGUUUGCCGUAUUUACGAUCUUGGUUUAGAACAAGAAGUGGAAUUAUUCUUCAUCUUAAUAUAGGAAUUUUACAGAUAAAUUUUUUUCAAGAUCAUACAAAAGUUAUUAUAUGUCCAAAAAUGGAUGCUUUUUCUUACAUUGACGAAAAUCGUAAUUUUCGAACUUAUAAACUUAGUGGAAUUGAGAAACAUGGAUGUACACGUGAAAUUUUUGUGCGCUUGCGUUACGCAAAGACGAUGGUAGAAAGACUCUCAAAAAAAUUAGCAGAAGAAAAAAAAGAAAAAUUAUCUGCUAUUUAAAUUAUUGGUAUAGGGACCUGAAUCGGGUACAGCAUUACAUUUAUAAAUGCUUACGAAAUAGGCUGAAUUCCUGGUGUGUGUAUACAAAAUUUUUUAUAUACCAAUCUGUCAGUUUAGAAUUCCUGUUUUGAAAGUGCUAAUCCAAUGGUACAUAAAUUAUGACAAAAAAUUCUUAUGCACUUAGAACUUUUUUGAAUUCCAAUUAGUAUAAUAAAGUUAAUGGAAUUUCUAUAAAUUCUAUCAAUGUAUAAAUAAAAAUUAAAGUAUGGUUGUGUAUAUAGAUAUUGUUUUACGCGACUUUUUUUAUCUAAUAAUAUGUAUUAUGUAUUUGUCAA